UGGGGGCGUGGCUCCUCUCGCGCCCGUAACCGUCGCUGGAGGCGGUUGGCUCUCGCGCCCGUUCAAACCUUCGGCGUCUUUUUCGUCCGGCGGAGGAGUCGUCCGUGGCUCGGGUUUGGUCCAGGCUCAAACGCGGCAAGUCAGCGGGCCCGGCGGGCAGGAUUGUUUGAAAAAUGCCCCGGAGAAAGUUUGCUGAUGAAGAAGUAGUAAUGGGCCGCUGGCCUGGAAGUGUUCUGUACUAUGAAGUUCAGGUAACCAGCUAUGAUGAUCGUAACCAUCUUUAUACCGUGAAAUACAAGGAUGGAACUGAACUUCAGUUGAAGGAAAGUGAUAUGAAGGCAGUGUCAUCUUUUCGCCUUAGAAAAAGCAGCUCUUCCUCAGGUUCUCCAUCACGACGCAGUGGUAGCAGAUCUAGAUCAGGUUCUAGAUCUCGAUCACCUGGUCGACCAGCAAAACACAAAAAACGUUCUUCCUCUCAAAGCAGAGAAUCAAAAAAUGAAAAAAAUAUGGUUGAGGAGCCGAAUUUUACUCCUUUGAAACCUCAUGAAAACAAUACCAACCAGUAUAAUGGGGAGCCGGAGAUAAAAGAAGUGAAUUUCCCUUCUCCUCGCAGCAUUUUAGAGCGCCAAAGAAUUGAUUCUGAGCAAGCCAGAGAGCGCAUUCUGGAACGAUACAGUUUAUAUCCAAGAAAGGAGGAAAAGAAAACAAAAGAAAAGUAUUCUGAAGAGAGAAUUUUUGAGUCACCAAAACCCAUUGGGAAAGUAUGCCCAAAGACAAAAGAACUAGAAUUUGGAGGAAAGAUUGGUGCCUUCUUCAUUAUACUUCUUCAGCCUGCAACAGUGCUUUAUUUGUUGGUGUUGUGCUCACAGAAAGAUCCCAGUGUUCUAAAUUUACCUCCUUCCCUCCCAGCUUUUGAAAGUCUGUGGGAGGCAAGAGUGUUUGGUGUCUGUUUGCUUUGGUUCUUUCUCCAGGCCUUGUUUUACUUACUGCCUAUAGGAAAGGUUGUAGAAGGAACACCCCUUUUGGAUGGAAGUAGAUUGCUGUACAGGAUAAAUGGAUUCUACGUGUUUAUCCUAACAGCUGCAGCAAUAGGAAUAGCUCUCUAUUUUGAAAUAGAAUUUUAUUACAUAUAUGACCAUUUCCUUCAGUUUGCUGUCUGUGCCACAGUCUUCUCUUUGGUAUUCAGCAUUUAUCUCUAUGUCCGUUCCCGGAAUGCAUCUGGGAAGGAAUUGUCAUCAGGGGGAAAUUCUGGGAAUAUAAUUUAUGAUUUUGUAAUGGGACGCGAGUUAAAUCCCCGCAUUGGAAAUUUUGACUUGAAAUAUUUCUGUGAACUACGACCAGGCCUAAUGGGAUGGGCUGUUAUUAACUUUGCAAUGCUCUUGACUGAGAUGAGAGUACACCGUCUGGAUAUGCCCUCUUUGUCAAUGAUCCUAGUGAAUAGCUUCCAGCUCCUCUAUGUGGUCGAUGCUCUUUGGAAUGAGGAAGCUAUUUUGACAACUAUGGACAUCAUCCAUGAUGGAUUUGGCUUUAUGCUAGCAUUUGGAGAUUUGGCGUGGGUUCCCUUUCUCUACAGCCUACAAGCUUUCUAUUUAGUGAAUCACCCCAAUGAGAUAUCUUGGCCUACGGCGUCAGGAAUUAUAGCUCUGAAUUUUCUUGGAUAUUACAUUUUCCGAAGUUCAAAUUCACAAAAAAACUCAUUCCGAAGAAACCCAAAGGAUCCAAGACUUAACCAUUUGAAUAUUAUUCCCACUGCAACUGGAAAAAACCUCUUGGUUUCUGGCUGGUGGGGCUUCGUGCGUCAUCCUAACUAUUUAGGGGAUAUUAUCAUGGCCUUGGCUUGGUCCCUACCAUGUGGAGUCAAUCACAUUUUACCAUACUUCUAUGUCAUAUAUUUUACUGGUCUGCUUAUUCACCGUGAAGCCCGUGAUGAACGUCAGUGUAAGAAAAAAUACGGCUUGGCUUGGGAGAAAUACUGUCAUCGUGUUCCGUAUCGCAUAUUCCCUUAUAUCUACUGAUCCCUCUUAACCUGGUGGAUAAUAAAUAUGCAGUUCCUGCAGUUCAAAUUUUGUUUUUGCCAUAAACAACAUACCUCAUACCAUUGCACUUGGCACAUAAGUUAAUUCUGCUGCAUUUUCUUAAAGAUGAGUUCAGGUAUCUUUACCAAUAAUCUUAAGAGAUGCAAUCUUUUCUGUGUUUUUAUUGACUUGCCCAUUUGAAGCAGCAACUAAUUCUGGUUGUUUAGUGUGUUAAAAAAAGAAAAAAGAUCAGGUGCUUUGUGAAUUGGUUGUCCUGUAGAUGACUUAAAAAUGUGAAUGAAAGGGCAAUUGUAAAUUUAAAACUCAGACCUUGCCUAAUCUGUAAUUUUAUUUUUUAUAGAAGCAACAUAUAUAAUAAAUUAACCCUGUAAGUUCCAGCAGAGCGAAUUUGAUUAAAGCCCAGCCCCUUAGUUGGAGUGGUGCUUACUCAGGUCUGUCAAGCACAAGUUCCCUCUGACUGUUUGCACUGGUGGCAUUAGUAGGAGAAAGUAGGAUUUCCAGGGCAACCAGCACAUAGGUGUCUUUUUAUAUCCCUAUUCUAUAUAAUAGGGAAACAUAAUCCCCAAUUUAAAUUUAGAAGGGCCAUUACAUGCCUGUUGGGAGUUGUUAGUGGAAAAAAUCCAUGCCCUAUGCAUUCUGCUAUAAUCACUAGCUGAGUUUGUGAUGUAAAUGGGCUUUUAAAAAUGUUCUUUUCAACUCACUCUUUGUGUCUCGGGCCUCAAAUGCAAGUGGCAAAAAACAAAAGUGCUUCAUCAAGUUAUUAGUUAAUAGUGCAAGGUGUGGCUUAUUGUACAAAGAGUGAAAAAAAUAUAGGUGCAGCUGCUUUUUCCAGUUAGGAUUAUAAACCAAUGCUUUGUACCAUAGCUUUCCUUUAUAUUAUGACAUUGAAAUAUUUUGAUGUACAGAUUGGAAGAUGCAGUAGUUUUUUAGGACUAGAUGAUUUUUAAUUUUUUACUAAACCAUUUCCAGUAUUUUUGAAACGUUUUGUAAAGUAUUGCUACGAAAUAAUUUUUUCAACAAUUGAACUGCUCUUUUAAAUAUUGUAAUGACAAAUGCAUUAUGAACAUAGGAAAUUUAUUGAAAGUUGUGUGAACUGGCAUUGCUACCUCUGUAGGUUAUUUUGCCUUUUUUGAUACUGUUGGAGAUAAAAAAAAUGUUGAUAUCUCACAUUACUAUUUAAAUCGGUUUUCUAACGUGAAUUAGUGAUUAAAGUGUGCCACUUCUCUACUAAUAUAUUUUUGUAUAUUUAAUUAUCCUAGCCUCUUACUAAAGCUAUGGAUUGUUUUUACUCCUUAAUAGCUUUAACAUCUGAAUAUUAUUGAAAUAUUUUUACCAAAUUGGCUAUGAUUGAAAGUGGAACAAUUGUCAUUUAAUAUAUGAAGUUAGAAAGACAGAUGUAUUGAAAUGAUUUCUUCAUAGGACGAAUUCAUAGGACGAAUUCACACACUUUCUUCAUAGGACGAAUUCACACACUUUUUGUAGUCAAUGAAAGACUUCCCAUUUGAUGACAAUGUGAAAGUAGCAGUUUUUAAUUUGAGUAGUGAUAUUUUGCAUUAAUGUAUUUGUAGCAUACAUCUUAAUAACUUUUGGGGUUUUUUGUUUUAGUUUUAAAGUAUGUGUAAGGGUAUGCAGGCACUGUGACAGGAUGUUAUGGGUGGUGUCCUUUUCUUGUCUAACCUGGAGAUUGGCUUGGUUUGAAGAACAGGGCUCCCUUUUUAUGCAUUUGAGUUGGGGAGAAGCAGGAUUCGUAUGUUCUGUGGUGAUGAUCUUUGCUGUGUCCUAUAUUUUUAUAUGAGCCAUUUUAGUUACUACUGUACAAAGUUAUUUUUGUACAAAAUUGUAUUAGUUUGCAUAUGUGGCAUAACAGUUCAAGACAUUAUCAUGACAACUUUCUUCAAACUGCAUUAUGCCUUCCUGUAACCUCUGUUUGUCUUGGAUUACAAAUUGUAUCAUCCUGAUCAUAUGCAGUGCUGCCUGUAACUGAAGGAAGUUGUAACCUAAAACAUUUUGGGGACGCCAGGUUUUAAACCUUCUGUGCAGCAGUUCAAAUUAUUUCUGUAAAUAGUUAUACGAAGACUGCCUUGCAAUAUAACCAUUUUAGACAUAUUACUGUUUUUCAUGUGUUUCUGGAGGAAAAACCCAUCUAAAGGAAACCUGGGUUCUUUUCUGUUUUUACAUAAGCAUGUUUCUCCAGGAGUGUAGUUCCUGACUAAUAUAAACUGCAGUUUGUCAUAUUUCUUAUUUUUUAUACAUUUACAAUGUAUAUUCUUUAGAUUGAAUGAAAUAUAUUGUAUAAUUAAAAAUUGUCCAAUAA